AUGCCAGCUAAUCCUCAGAUCCAUGCCACAGGGCUACCAGAUGGCAGAGAACUGAAAAUGGACUUUCUCGAAUCCUCUUUCUUCAAGAACAACGGACCUAACCGAUGCUUGCCAACGCCGACAGAGGUUCGAGCCUUGUCAGGCACAAACCAGGCGAGGCCUCAACCACUUCCUGUGAUAUUUGAGCAUCUUAAUCUCAUUGUCAAGUUCGGUCCUCAUGUUGCAAUUGCUGAAGCGCAAUGUCUUUGGGUGAUUAAAAGAGUACUUCGUAACGAAGUUCCUGUGCCAGAGGUCUAUGGCUGGCGGGUUGAUGGGCGUGAUGUGUUCAUAUAUAUGCAGUAUGUACGAGGAGAGACACUGAAAGAUCGGUGGGAUUCUCUGAGUAUCGCCGAUAAAACCUCUGUUUGCGAUCACAUACGCGAGAUUACCACAUCUUUGCGGCAAGUCGAGCAAGACCCAAAUGAUUCGUUCAUUGGGUCUAUCAAUCGCCAACAUCUCUUAGACAUUGUCUUUGAAGGCCACCCUCCAGGCGGACCCUUCAAUACUGUCAAGCAGUUCAACGAUUGGUUUUCUCGACUGCCUUGGCUUCGGUUUCCUAACUCGGAAGAUAUCCAGGAUCCUUAUAGAACGUUCUUGCCAGAUACAGGAACUAUCAAGCUAACCCAUGGGGACCUACAUCAAGGCAACAUUAUCGUCUCUUCAGCAGGGCCGCCACGUGUACUUGCGAUCGUUGACUGGGCCCAUUCUGGAUGGUAUCCUGAUUAUUGGGAAUAUUGCAAAGCAGCCUAUACUUGUUCGUUUGAUGGAGAAUGGCGUAAUAGAUGGAUCCCAAUAUUUUUGAAACCACGGCCUGAGGUGCAUGAGAUCUUUGCAGAAUAUACACGGGCGCUGGGAGCUGUAUGA